AUGCUGCAGCAGACGCUGAAGAUCGCCCUCCGCGCUCUGCCGUCCAAAGACGCCAUUGUGCAAUCCGAAGGAUUGGUGCCAGGAGAUCAGACGCUGGAUGAGAAGCGAUCGCUCUGCGAGCGCGACGCUCCUCCCGCGGCCACGGAGGCACUGGACGUGGUGCACUGCAUCUUCGACAUGAUGAAGAAAACGGGGCGAUGGGAUGCAAAGAAGGCCUGA